CUCUGUGAAAAGGUGGCAGCCCAGCCGUCUAAGAAGAUGUCCUACGGAUCCAUCACUGGCAGUCGUGGCCUGGCAUGCCGUGGCCCUUUUGGGGGACAUUCAAGACAAGGCUACCAGCCCCUAGCCACCCAGGUUGAUCCCAGCGACCUCCAGGAGCUGUUGCAGGAGACAUUAGCCAAUGUCUCCCAGAUCAACUCUAACGUGACUUCCUUGGAGGAGAGCCUCCAGUCCCUGGGGACACCAAGUGACACGCAGGAGCUUCGGGAUAGCCUGAACUCUGUGCAGCAGGAGACCAACUCCACCAUCAACACAUGUACCAGCUCCAUGAAGCAGAUGGCAGAGCUCCUGCGGGGCCUCUCCAGCCAGCAACACCUGCAGUUGGACCACCUGAAGACCCAGCUAUCAGAGACGGUCCAGCAUUACGGAGCAGUGCAAAAGAAAAUUGCUGAAAAAUCCAGAGCACUGCUACCCACAGCAGAGAGGAGUGGCAGACAGCAGAGUACCCGGGCCCCAUUCGCUGAACUGGCUGAUGAUGAGAAGAUCUUUAAUGCGGGCGACAGUGCACGACAGGGUUCCGUGGAGGCGCUGCUUCCGGAGAUCACAGAGGAAGACCUGGAAGCCAUGAGGCUGCACGAGGAGGCUGUCCUGCAGAUCGAGAGCAACAUGCUGGAUGUGAACCAGAUCAUCAAGGACCUAGCCUCCAUGAUGUCAGAGCAAGGAGCUACCAUUGAUAGUAUUGAAGCCAACCUUGAGGCCACGUCCUCGCACACAGAGGCAGCCACCGAGCUCCUGGCUGGGGCCAGCCGGCACCAACUCCAGAGACGCAAGAUCAAGUGCUACUUCUUGUCAGCUGGAAUCACCAUCCUGAUAGUCAUUAUUCUCAUCAUUGCCACAUCUAUUCGAAAAUGAUGCCAGCUAUGCUGAAGCUGUCACCUGGCCUGCUCGGACCCAGGAAAGUGCUGCUGUGCUGCUGCCUGCCUCUCGCCUGCGUGCUGGCCCACCCGCCAGCCCUGCACCAGCCCCGGGCUGAACCGCCUAAUAAAUGCUACUGCGCCACUG